AUGGGAAAGCAAGGACCUUGUUACCACUGUGGCACUCAUAGCACUCCACUAUGGAGAAAUGGGCCACCAGAGAAACCAGUGUUAUGCAAUGCCUGUGGAUCAAGGUACAGGAUUAGAGGAACUCUUGCAAACUAUACACCUAAGCAUGCCCAAGGGCAACCACUUGCUAAAAGGCUAAGAACUAUCUCCAAAUGCAGUUUCAAAACUGAAGAAAACUACUCUUCUUCUGAUGAUGAUGAUUCUACACAAUCUGCAAUAUCUUGUUCUCUGAGCUCCUGCAGCUUCAUUGGAAAUGAAGAGAAUGCAGCCGAAAGUCUAGCGACGCCACCGGUUUCUGUCAAUCAGAACCGUGGAAUCCAGGAAAGCUUCUGGAAAUCAUGCAUACCAUCAAGAAAGAGGUCUUUAUAUGUUCAACGCAGUCUUACACCCAUUGAAAGAUUCCAGAGAGAGCUUCGCAAUAUUUUGGUGCAUGAUCCUUUGAUCUCGUCUGAAAAUGAAGAUGAUAUUCUCAUCUAUAAUUCAAAUCACCUGCGAGUAUCCCGCAAUGAAAUUGGUCUUGGAAGCUUUCUUCUCAAACCCAACACUGCUGCUUCUUCCACAGAAAUUGCCCCACCACCAGCUCAUGAGACAUUCUUCUCUCUUGUGGAUGUUAAACCUUCUCUAGUGGAUAUCAAGGACUCUGGUUGGAAGAGCUCUCUUCUCAAUCCCAACACUGCUGCUCCUACUGCUUCUCCCGCAGAAGUUGCACCACCAGUACCUCCUCAUGAGACAACCUCCUCUCUUCUGGAUGUUAAAAUUUCUCUAGUAGAUAUCAAGGAUUCUGGUUUGAAUGAUUCUCAAAUUAGAUCCUCAUCAUCCAUGUAA